CCUAGCCCUAGGCCAGGGGCCUAGAUCUACUGAGAAUCUUUCGUUCCUGGACUGUGCCGGCAGUAGAUCUACAUUGCAGUAGGUCUACUGCACUGCAGUGUGAACGCGCACAUGAUGACUGUGUCGAUGUUCAGCUGCUUGGUUUGUAUCAGACUGUGUGCGGAUAACAACAUCGCUUUACGCAAAACUUUGCAGUGGAUCCCGUGCUAAAGCCGAGGUGAGACAGGGAGAUUCGAAAAUACAGCAAGUGAGAUCAGUUCCACCUAUUUCUGCCACUGUGCCAGGGUUUAUCGAUACUCUCUUGCUCUGCGGUCUUCGCUCUCUGGCAGGGAGUUGUGUGUCGUGAGCGAUCUACACUAAGUUUAGUGUUUGUGCACGCUAAUCACGGAUAGCAUGCAUCGGGGUAUGUCCGGAUAGCGCCGUCGUCUGCUCCGCAUAGCGAAGCGCUGGUGUGCGCGGAAAUACACCAUCUCGAAGGAACUGCCGUCCUCGACAGUCAGUAGCGCACACCUUCCAUAGGCCCUGCCCGAAAUCACUAUGGCCGCUAGAAAACCAUCGACAUCAACUAGGGGCUCAAGGCCUGCAGAAGCCGGGGGGGCGCACAGGUCAGCAGGGUCCGGAAUUCCACAUCUUCCACACAUCCAACACACGGCACGUACCACUGUUGACCGCUCUGGUGGCGGUGAUCCAAGUGAAACGAAGCAAAGACCGUUGGGACCAAAGACCCACACUGGUGAGCACCGCGGUGAGAAACGAGCACGCUAUUCGGGUGAUAUGAAAGACGGGCAGCGAGAUGGAUCAGGCGAACAAAUCUACAACAAAGUAGGCGAUCAUUUUUACAGGGGGACGUGGAAAAGUAACGUUUACCAUGGUGUGGGUGAACUAUGCGGUCCAGACGGAUAUAGGUAUUACGGAAAGUGGAGAAAGGGAAGCCGGCAUGGACCGGGUCUAGAAAAGAGAGGGAAUACGGUUUAUGAUGGCGAAUGGAGGAAUGAUACACCUAUGGGGUCUGGAAGUCUCGUUUGGAAUGGGUUGAAAUUCGAGGGACGAUUUGUGAAUGGUGUGAUGCAUGGCCGCGGACGCGCUACGGUGCAUGAGCGGCAGACAAGUGUUGUGUUUGAGGGGAAUUUCACCAACGGUGACUUGUCGGCUGAGAUGCCGGUCUCGAUGGAUGUAGUUUUGGCAAAGGAUCUCAAGCACCUCAACAUCACCAGCAUAAAGACGGAUGAGUCGUUCACAGUGGUGGUUCUGCUCAAGGACCGCUAUGGCCGUCUAGCUGCAUCUGAGAGCGGACGGAAGCUUUCUAUCAAGGCGUCGUGGAUGAAUGCAUCAGAAGCACCGAAGGAGUACUUCCUCACCGACUUCAAGUCAAAAUUGCGUCCGUUUGAAGACUGCAUCCCGUAUAUGAGGCAGAAGCUUUAUGAUGAUCGUGGAAAGGGUAAAUACAUUGAUGGUCUUGGCAUGCCAGUACCACCGGACUUCUCCUGUGACAGGACAAGAAAACUGGUGGAGGGCCUUGCCAACGAGUCGACGGCUCCGGAAAAUGAAGAUAAUAGUUCGUCAUGGCGCUUCACGGGACUGACAAAAAUACACCCAGAUGUUGAUGACAGGGGUGCCCGUGAAACCAGCUAUGCCGUCAGGGAUGGCAUAUGGGAUGCGUACAUGCGGUCCGAGAUCAACAGGCGACGGCUGCCAGAGGAUCGUGGCAGAUCGUUUGCGCAGUCCCGGUACGGCGGGGAGGAGAUGACAGCGCAUCUACCAGGCAUGGCCCUGGAUGCUGCAGGCAUAGGCAAACAAGUAGACCCGACAGAGGUGGUCUAUCAUGAGCCUGAAACAGAAUGGUCAGCGAGCCCGUGCAAGCUGGUCCAAGUGGACAAGGCAGACGUGCAGUUUGUCAGAACGCAGGAGGUUUUUCACCCGAACGAAACCGGUCCCCAGUUCUGCAACGACGACGACGGCGGCGAUGUUCUCAAGACAAUCUCCAAACGGCAGCUGAGAGAACAGACGUUCGACCUUGCCACCAAGCCAUUGGCACAGGUGGAGCAGGAGAAGCAGACGGAAAGGGAGUGCGAGCGGCAAGAACAAGAGGAACAGCGGGAACGAGAGCGACGCCAGCAGUCGCUGCAAGAGCAGCAACAGAGCGAGGGAGAUGGCUCCCCAAACGAGACUGAUAUGGGUGGAGAAGAAGCGGACCAGAAGGGCGGCAGUGAUGAAGACAGUGCUGUAAAAACAGGUGCAGCAGCCUCUGAGCACACGAGGGAAGAGGAUUUGCCUUUGUCCCCAUUGGCUUUACCUCCGUUCUUGUAUGGUGUCAAUUUUCCUGACCGAAAGCUCUUGGUCGAAGCUGAACUGAAGGCUAACACAGACUUAAUUAAACUGAUCCGGGACAUAGCAAGCCGCCCAGGCGUAGCCGACGUAGGCACGAGUGAAGGUGCAGCGGUAUUCACACGGCUGUUUGUUGCACCUAGACCCAUGGAUCUGUCGCACGAUGCACUCGCCCUCACCAUGCAGGAAAGGGCGGCACAGGCAUUCGAGGCGACCUGUGACAUGUACGUAAUGGGAAAGCUGCCAGAGCAACAUCAGGGCUACUUACUGCGAGGCAACUCGCCUGACGAGUGGUGCGCCCCGAGUAUAGCAGACUGGAAGCUUGCACUGCCACGGCUCCCACCAGACGCUCAAGCAAAGGUCAUACGGUACUUGCGAGGAAGAGCUGCUCAGGGUUAUGAACGUCUUGCAGUGCCUGUAGGUGAUGGAAUAGUUGGAGAGCAGUUACCGCAUGAUACGGAUGAGGAUGUGCAGCAAGUAUUGCCGCGAGGACCUGUCGUGCCAUGGAUUUCUCGAUCUGGCAACAUGCAGUUGUUACAUAAAGACCAGCUUCUGUGUCGCCCUGGUGUGCUGAAAAUCACAGUGUCCGAUGCCACGGACCCAGAAGACCUACCAUACGGCCAUAAAGCAGAACUUUUGCCAAGCGUGACGAAAUAUCUGAAAGUGGAUACUGCUCAAGAAGGCCUGGAGCUUCAGCGGAGCAAAGGCGUAAUAAUUGACAGCGAUGAGGAAAUUCUUUUGACCAUGGAGAACAGUGGUUCAGCCUCUGGACCCGACAUUGAGGCAAACUUGGCCCUCGCAACUCAGAGGAGGCUCGAGCGUGUGAAGAAGACACGUCGGCUUGUCGUGAGGCCAGAACUGCAGUGGCUUACUGAACCCAUGAAGUGGGAGUACAAACCCCAGGCAAGAGAGAGUAUGUAAUGUGCUUGGUCAAUGUGCGUGUGCGUGUGUGUGUGUGUGGGGGUGUGCGUGCGUGUGUAUAUCCCAGAGUUUGGGGAUCUCAGGGGGUGUCGGCAGUUGGGCGGUUCAAUAGCCAAUUGAGUCAUCUUCCCAAGAUUCCUUUUGAGUCUCUCUCUCCCCUCUCCUAGGGAGACCCACGUGACCAGUUUUGGCAGUGAGCAAGUACAAGUAUGUGUGCAUGUGUGUGUGCUGGCAUUUGUGAUGGUCUGCUUGGUCUACCAUACACAUGUAAGAUGUUUGCCCCUACAAGAAUUUAAAGUACUUAUUGAGCCAAAGUGCAUGUACAUGUAGAUGUGCUGGCCCAAACUACCACCAGUCAAUGAUUUGUAAACUCAGAUGUUAUGGAGCAGAGGUAGAGACGAUAUGCUUGUGCUAGCUGUAUACAAUUAAAUGUACUUCAGUACGAUGUAGUGCUUGAUGCACAGCACCAAGUUGACAUGUGUUUUCGCACCUUACCUAGGGCUGCUGACGGAUAUUACAUUGUUUUAAAAAGCAUGAUUGUGUUUUCAGUAGCACACUGAUAGAGCCACUAACGUUACACUGAAUCAUGAUGCAUAUUCAAUUAUUCAUUCUAGUAACCGCAGCAUAAUACUUCCCUGUACCAUCAACAUGAUUUUUCAUGAUCAGGCUAUCACCGCUA